GCGUUAUGCGUGUUGUGAUUGGACAGCACAGUGAUUUCACGUACUCAUUUAGAGCAUACUAGUUUAACUGUAUUAACAGUUGGAUAAAUCACGAGAAAAGUUAGCCAGUUUACUUUCUGGGUUGAUAACACACUAUUAUUGAGUGAAACUUGAAAAAAUGAGUGGCUCCAAACACAGUGAUGCCAUUGAUGCAUCCAAGCUCACCGGCGAAUCGAGAAAAUUUGUGGAAGCUUUUUAUUCUUUGGAUGUAAAUGGUGAUGGUUAUGUUUGUUAUGAAGAAUUAAAAGACGGUUUGAAAAGUUGUGGUGUUUCAGAUGAAUUCAUACAGAAAGUAAUGGCAUUACUGGACACGAAUAAAGACGGAAAAAUCACUUUAGAUGAACUCUUAAAGGCACUUAAAAGCAGUGCUGAUUAGGAAAAAUUCCACUGUCAUCUGAAAUGUGUGUAUCAAGGACAAGAUAAGAUUUGAAAAAUAAUGACUGCUUUUGGGAUUGAUGUUAUAAUAAUCACGUUGUUAAACUGGAAAAAUAUUUUUCUUAAUAAACAAUCUUAUGUAGACAGUGAGG